AUGCCCACUCAACCACCCCUCCCACCCCUCCUUGCGCCCUAUGUAUCACCUCUGCCGCAAUCGUCUCUCACAGUCCUAUCCUCUGUACUAGGCGCAACGGGGAAUUGGCUAGUGUUGCGCUUCCUCUACGCGGCGCUGGGUGCGCCUUCAAAUUCUGAAACCGCGUUUGGGCUGAAUGGAAGCGAUGGGGUGAAGAAUAGAAAAGUCGUGCUCGUGAGUUUUCUGCGGGGCUGGGAAUUUUGGAGAUCCGAAGCGAAAAGACUGGGCUUGGACCUUGCACGCCUUACAGACAAGCGCCAAUUUGCAUUUGUCGAUGGGCUAUCUGAACUAUUCUACAGUCCUACACCCGCCACAGUAGCCCCUCAACCAUCAUUCCCUAGUACUGCUGCUCCUCGAACAGUCAUCCCCGUACGAUCCCAGCCGAGCCCUGUACCGGCGCGAACCCCGCACCCUGUCCCGCGGCCGGGCAAUACCAGUACAAACCCAGCUUCAAGGGAAAUCGGACCAGUCAAACGACUGCACCUAUCGGGGAAUGGCAUCGCAGCUCUCGACAACCUCGAAAGAGACAUCGCUACAGUGAUCAAACAAUUGAAGGCUCCUACACCCGGCGAGGCAGAGGAACCCGAGGUUCUGUUGAUCGUCGAUCAACCAGAUUUGCUGCUUGCAGCUACAGGUCCGAGCAGAGGUAUUGGGGCUACGGAGAUGGGAGACUGGGUUAUGGGAUUACAACAGCAGAACGCCCAUGCAACGGUCUUGGCACUUUCCUCCGAUUCACCGUUGAUACAUAAUGCAUCUGCCUCGGCUCUCCAGCCGGCAACACCGCUGGAAACCGAGCAUGCAGCGUUCGCUAUAGGGUCGGCCCACAGGGCCCAAAUGGUCAUGCAGCUCCGUAACCUGGAGACCGGUGCCGCUAGGGAUGUAAGCGGUGUGUUAAGGGUCAGCAAAGGAGGUGCCUGGGGACAAAACGAGGUGGGUGCGGAGGGCAGCUGGGAGGAGAGAGAAGUAUUAUACUUCAUGCAGAGGGAUGGAGGCGUCAGCGUGUUUGGCCUUAUCAUACCAGCCCUCUCCAGCCUCCGAGAACGAAAACGCGACGUCGGGAUUGAUUUACUGGCUCUCGGGGCCACGAGCGCCCUUGGGGGUGCCGGUCUGGAAGCCGUUCUUGAAGCGACGGUGAACCUCCUUGAGGUGCCUCAUGCGGCCGGUACCGGUGGUCUUGCGGCGCUUGGCCUUCUCGCUCCAGUUGACUGUUCCAAGAAAAUUCGUAAGCCUCACACUCCUCACAAUCACAUCACAUCUCCCAGUAGAUCCACGGUCGGCCAUGCAAAGGGACAGGACUUAAGGUAUAACCCGGGGAUUCGUACACUUGCGAGUCUUAGCGGAGGGGUAACCGCAGUUGGCACAUGUCGACUUCUGGACGUGGAAAGAGCGGCGGCCUGA